CGUAUCAUUUUGUUAUAUUUUAUAGACCCUGGAACAGAACAUUUCUUGAAAGACGGGAAAGCUUCCUCAUGGUCGCCCAUAAAUCCUGGAGUGCAGAAAGGCAGUGGGCAGAUUCAGCUAUGGCAGUUUCUGCUGGAACUCCUAUCUGACAGCUCCAAUAUAAACUGCAUUGCCUGGGAAGGAACUAACGGGGAGUUUAAACUCACUGACCCGGACGAGGUAGCCAGGCGAUGGGGUGAGAGGAAAAGCAAACCCAACAUGAACUACGACAAACUGAGCCGAGCACUCCGCUAUUACUAUGAUAAAAACAUCAUGACCAAAGUCCAUGGGAAACGUUAUGCGUAUAAAUUUGAUUUCCACGGCUUGGCACAAGUCUGCCAGCCCACCUCAACCGAGCAUUCUUUGUAUAAAUUUCAAAGUAAUUUCACCCCGAUCCCCUUCUCCAGUAUCUCCAAACUGAAUCUCGUAACACCGGGAGUGUCAGCCUCGGGGUUCUCGUAUUGGGCUGGAUCCACACCGACUCUAUACCCAAGUCAUAGUUUGCAACCGCCAGGACCUUUCAGCUCUGUGACUACCUCUCAUAUCAGCGGUAUUACUAACAUUAACAAUUUAAAUAACAUAAAUCACCAUUACCAUUAAACUCACAUUGUGUCAGGCAGCAUCACACUAUUAAACUAAAACACUGUAGCACCAUUUGUUUAUUUGGGGAUUAUGUGUUCUGU